AUGGUGGAUUACGCCUGUACCUUAACUAUAAGAUUUCUUGAAACGGUUCUCGCAGACUCAUCAAAACUAAACGCCGAGUUCUAUCGCGAGAAUUACAUUGAAGCAACUGGCGAUGUACUUGGAGCAACAGUUCCCUACAAUGCCGUCAUGAUUGCCACGUUCUUUCUAGUCGGACUGGAUCUUUCCUACCGCUCUCGAAAGUGGCUGAGAUCCAACAACUUUGAUUGGAAGAAAGCCAUGGUAAUUAUUACCGGUCAACAGGGACGUGAAACUUCCGGCGUAACUAUUAGCACCUCAUCCGUUGCUCAAAUCCUCCUUGAGUCAUCGGACUUGGAUCUCCCCCUGGAACGGCUCUACAUUGCACCACAUGGGGCAGUGCCUAAGAUCCAAGCUCCAGUGACACCAGACUCAUUGCGUAUCCAUGAGCAUGGGUUUCGCUCACUAUGGAACGCCAUGACGGGUAUGACGCAUCUUGGUGAAACCAUGUUUGCGCAGUAUCCAGCUUACGCCCUCGAGAACAAUAUGCGACCGGAGAUUGACGCUUCAACACUAACAGUAUCAGAGCUCCCCAAGAUUCUAAGCCCAGACGACUGGUUCGCCAUGAACACACGUAUGCGUGUCGUGGUCGAGGAUGCACGACAGCUUCUUUCUGGAUGUGUUACCGACUAUGCUGCGAAGCAACUUCGGAUUGCUCAAGAUGACCUCACCAAGAUUGUGGUUCCAGGUUUGGAUGGCGUUGACUUUUCCUCUAAAAAGAGGCUACCAGGCUAUGGCGAGAAGCAGGACAUCAUAAAACUAUCGACGUAUCCAAGGCCAAUCAAGAUCAAUCUCCCCGCGCCCAUUCAUACAAUUAAUGCCAACGGCGGAGUACUCGCAUUCAGACAAGCCGGUCCCACGAAUGCCGAGCCGAUCGUGUGGAUUCACGGAUUGCCACUCGACAGCCGCUCAUGGUCCGCGCAGUAUGAGGCGUUUGCUGACAAGUACAAUAACAUUUUUGUUGAUCUGCGAGGCUAUGGUGCAUCGUCUAAACUUCCUGCUGACGUAAAGGAUGUAACGCAGCUUUACUGUGACGACAUCCUCGCCGUAAUGGAUCAUCUCAAGAUUCCCAAGGCGAGCUUCGUGGGAUUCGCGUCAGCUGGACACGUUGCUCUGCGAUUUUCUGCGCAGCAGGCCGAUCGUGUAAAUAAGCUGGUUACCUUGAAUGCAAGCCCCAAGUUCAAGAGGAACGACACUGAUUAUCCAUACGGCUUCACUGAGGAGCAACUAAACAAUCAUUUUGUUGCAGCCAGCGAUCGAGGUAUUGAGGAGGUUACUAAUGCCAUUCUCGAUCCAGCCGUUGUGUUCCAAGAUCUUACGGCAGAAGACGCCUCGAAGGUUAUUUCGUGGUUCCGUACCAUGUCUUACAACGCUGGCACUGACACCCUAAACGGCUUCUUCAAGAUCAUGGCCCAUGAUGAUGAUCGUCAGUAUGUUCCUCGAGUCAAGGCCCCAACACUUUUGAUCUCGUCAUCCCUUGGAAAGGAAGUUCCCGCUGCUACAGCCUUGUACCUGCGGCAGAAUCUGCAGCAAGCCAAGCUGGUAGAAGUUCCAGACGCGGAUCAUUUUUUGCAUGUGACGCGAGCGGCUAUAAUUAACGAGCUUAUCAGUGGGUUUCUGAGCUCUUAG